UCCGUUCGAGCCGGGGGCGGCGGUACCGGGUCUGUAAAUCCUAAAUCCUCGUAGCACGUGGCGCGCUGCUGGCAUCGGGACUACUGCGCGGUUUGCGAGGAGGCGACCUCGGAGAGGCCGUGAGGUCGGGCCGUCUGUGUGGCUCCUCCGGUGGCGCUGACGCCCCGCGCGUGCCGUCAUGGACUACCGGCGGCUGCUGAUGAGUCGGGUGGUUCCCGGGCAGUUCGACGACGCGGACUCCUCCGACAGUGAAAACAUUGACUUGAAGACAAUCAAAGAGGGAGAUGGCAAUCUGUUUGAAGACUUUCAAAAUAAUGUGAAUGAGAAGAUGAAUGAAGAUGAGAUAGAAGAUGAGGGAGAAGAGGAGGAAGAUUAUGAUGAUGACGAUGAUUGGGACUGGGAUGAUGGAGGAAAACUCACCAAGUGUUAUAUCUCGAAUGGAGGGAGUAACCCACAGGCAAAUCGGCAACCUUCCAACUAUAAUUCAGCCAAAAUGUCUACUCCAGCAGACAAGGUCUUACGGAAAUAUGAGAAUAAAAUUAAUCUAGAUAAGCUAAAUGUUACUGAUUCUGUCAUAAAUAAAGUCACUGAAAAGUCUAGACAAAAGGAAGCAGAUAUGUAUCGCAUCAAAGAUAAGGCAGACAGAGCAACUGUAGAACAGGUGUUGGAUCCCAGAACACGAAUGAUAUUAUUCAAGAUGUUGACUAGAGGAAUCAUAUCGGAGAUAAAUGGCUGCAUUAGCACAGGAAAAGAAGCUAAUGUAUACCAUGCCAGCACAACAAAUGGAGAGAGCAGAGCAAUCAAAAUUUAUAAAACUUCUAUUUUGGUGUUCAAAGAUCGGGAUAAGUAUGUAAGCGGGGAAUUCAGAUUUCGUCAUGGCUAUUGUAAAGGAAACCCCAGAAAGAUGGUGAAAACUUGGGCAGAAAAAGAAAUGAGGAACUUGAUCAGGCUGAACACAGCAGGGAUCCCAUGCCCAGAACCUAUCCUGCUACGAAGUCAUGUUCUUGUCAUGGGUUUCAUUGGUAAAGAUGACAUGCCAGCACCCCUCUUGAAAAACAUCCAGUUAUCGGAAUCCAAGGCUCGUGAGUUAUACCUGCAGGUCAUUCAGUACAUGAGAAUAAUGUAUCAGGAUGCCAGACUGGUCCAUGCAGAUCUCAGUGAAUUUAACAUGCUGUACAGUGGUGGGGGUGUGUACAUCAUUGACGUUUCUCAGUCUGUGGAGCAUGACCACCCACAUGCCUUGGAGUUCUUGAGAAAAGAUUGUGCCAAUGUCAAUGAUUUCUUUUUGAAACACAACGUUGCUGUGAUGACUGUGCGGGAGCUCUUUGAAUUUGUCACAGACCCAUCAAUUACACAGGAGAACAUGGAUGCUUAUCUCUCAAAGGCCAUGGAAAUAGCAUCCCAAAGGACCAAGGAGGAAAGGUCCAACCAAGAUCAUGUCGAUGAAGAGGUGUUUAAGCGAGCAUAUAUUCCUAGAACCUUGAAUGAAGUAAAAAAUUAUGAGAGGGAUUUGGAUAUAAUGAUGAAAUUGAAGGAAGAGGACAUGGCCAUGAAUGCCCAACAAGACAAUAUUCUAUACCAAACCGUCACAGGACUGAAGAAAGAUUUGUCAGGCGUUCAGAAGGUAAAAAGAAUAUGUGUUGCUAUUUAUUUAUGUGAAAAUUCUGUUAAAGGGUAUAACAUUUAAUGUAAAAUAUUAUUA